AUGGCGCUCGAUGGUUCCUUCUCUGCCACUCUGAGCCCAUCGGGCUCAGACACCUUCGGAUCCCAACUGCUAUCAAGCUCAAUAUCGUCCCUCGUCCCGUCCACAAAUCCACGCGUCGCGCCGUCGCAAAUAUCUAAGACAUAUAGGCAGGCGUCGCAGCUAUUCCUUACGCGUCGUCUGCCCGAAGCUUUGUCAACUCUCCUCCCACUGAUCACGCCCUCGACCGAAGGGCAUCAGGCCGAUGGUUCAAGAGAGCCUGCACCUGUCGUAAGGGCAUCACGGGCUACUAGGAUCAAAGUGUGGAGCUUGUAUCUGACCAUACUCAAUGCUGUCUUGGAAUUGGACUCUGAAGAAGGCAAAGACGCCUUCGGAACGCAAGAAUGGCGGACGUUGUGUCAGAAGGUCAGGAACGGCGAUGUUUGGGAGGAGGUUGUGCAGUUCGGGUAUCAUGGUGUUGAGGGGGAUGUUGAUUCUGAUGUUGUCAUAAAUCUCGCAACGCUUCUGCUCUCGCAUGCUCGAUCUCAGGUUGUGAACCAGAAACGACUUGAGAAUUAUCUGGCUGCUUCAAGCACCCCGAAUCUGGAUAUCUCCAGGCAGUUGGAAGCAGCUCGCUCAUAUAGACCCACGUCGCGAAGCGGAAGGUCAGCAUCAAAGGGAGCGGCCAGUGGUGCUGAUACACCAAGAGAUCUCAAUGCAAGAGUCAAGAUCCUUGAGUUGUAUACUUUGCAUGUAUUGCUAAGAAAUAAUGAAUGGGAUUAUGCAAGAGAGUUCAUCAGUGUGAGCUCAGUGCUUGACGAAGAGAGGCGAGAGGCGUUCUUGCAAGCUCUUCAGAGCCUCCAAGAAGAACAACAGGCACAGCAGCAAAGAGAACGGGAAGAGCAACAAAGACAGGAGGACAGUUUGAGAAGAGACAUCGAAGAUGCACGGCGACUGAGAGCAGAAAAUGAAGCUAGGGAGCAUCGUCGACUGGAAGAGGAACGCGUAAAGCGAGAAGCGAGUGAGGUCGAUUACGGCAUUGAACAGUCGCCACAUCCUUCAUCCCCAAGAAAGGCACGGAGUACCAGCAAUGGCUCGGCUUUGUCGAAAGCAGCCCCGUCAUAUUCGUCUACUUCCAAGGCGAAGAAGGCGACAGCGCCCCCUAGCUUGGGAACGAGAGCCGCUAUGGUUAUAGCAAAUCUUCGAAUUGUCAUUGAGCAGUUAGGAUCCUCGCUUAGAACGAAUCCCAUGCUGCUCAUGAGGCUGAUGGCCUUUAUUAUCAGUAUAAUAGUAGUAUUUGGUCGCAGGGAUCUCCGAGAGCGGAUAAAACGGAUUCUCGGGUCAGGAUGGAAUAAAGUGAAGCAGACUGCAGGAAUGGGCGUCAAAACAGGAGGUUGGAAAACUCACGUCUGUCCGCGAACUUCCGAGAUUUAUGAUCUUGGGGCACCCAUCGCGAUCCUUCUCGAGGCGUGUACACUCGAAGCAGUAGAAUGCGUCCGAUAUUCCUUCGCCACCGCAUACCACACACUUGUUCUGAUAGUUGCCGAAGCUGCACUCGUCACAGAUGCGAACGAGCGUCGUGGGGCGUACAUGGCUGAUCCCGACUCUGAGUCCAUUGUAGAUCGGAGCCAAGAUCCUACCAUGGCCAAUGCACAACAGAAGCGCAAGGCUUCCUCUCCUCUUGCUGCAGAGGACACAUCUCCCAGCUCUACAAAGAGAAGUAGACCAGAAAGCAAUCAUACCGAUGAGCGACACGAGUCUCGACCCAGGUUCACGAGGGAAGCAGGCCCAGACCGGCGCGAGAUGGCGCGUCAGGAAGAAAAGAAGCGUGGAAGACGGUUAUUAGGUGGUUUGAUGAACACUCUUAGCCAAGCCAGUGCCGGCCCCCAGCACAGGAAGCGUCAAGACAUUGAGCGACGACAGCAGGCAAAAUCUACCCAGCAACGGGCUGAAGAGGAUCGCUUUCGCAUGCAGAAACUUUCCAAGCUAGAAGCCGUGCGCAAGGUUGAACAACUCAAAUUCGACGAGCAAGUUAUGAAAACUAGACACAACGAUAUGCUAGCUAAGGCCCGUUACUUACAAACCAAAGCUACACCAAGGAUUUACUACCUGCCAUGGGAGCUCACCAGAAGGCAAGAAGAAGCAAUCAAGCAUCAGAUCCAUGAGGCUGAAAAGAUUAUUGACAAAGAAAUCUCGGGGUUUCAAGAGCGCAAGAAUCAGCGCCUCGAAGUCUUGGGCGUUACUGAAAAGCCAUCUUUGAACAACAAAGAGGAAAUAGUGGGUAAACUUAUUGAUGAAUCACCUACUGACAAGUCGCAACCUGUUCCUACUAAUCGUCCUCCUUCACGCGCUACUAAUAAGGUCGGUCCCGAGAAAGAGUCUGAUAGAGUCGAUGAUGUUAUGAUAGAGGAGGACGAAGAUACUGCGGUGGACUGCCUGACUCCUAAUGAUCCCCGGGUUGAGCACAAGUUCGCUGAGGUGGGGGGCUUCAAGUAUCACUACAUGUUGGCAAAACCGGCUGAGAAGCCAACGGCGACGGUAUUCCUUAUCCAUGGCUGGCCAGAUCUUGGUAUGGGAUGGCGCUACCAGGUCCCUUACUUGCUGUCCAUGAACCUACAAGUCGUUGUGCCAGACAUGCUGGGUUAUGGACAAACCGAUGCGCCAGACUCGUAUGAAGAGUACAGAAUGAAGAACAUGACAGCUCAUAUGGUUGAGAUUGUGAAAAGUGUCACUGACCAGCCCAUUAUCCUUGGUGGACACGAUUGGGGUGGUCUUUUUGUUUGGCGCAUGGCGCAGUAUUACCCUGAAUUGAUCCGAUGCGUCUUCUCGGUCUGCGUUCCCUACCUACCUCCAUCUUCAGUGAGAUUGGCGUUGCCAGAUUUAGUGGCCAAGAUGCCCAACUUCACAUACCAGCUGCAGCUUGCAGGCGGCAGGGCGGAAGAAAUAGUAGCGAAGUCACCCGAGCGCGUCCGCGGGUUCGUCAACGGCAUGUUCGGCGGCAAGACACCGGAGGGCAAGCCGGUCUUCUCCGUCAACGUUGGUGUCCUUGAGGAAAACAUUGACAGCAUCGGCCAGAGCCCGAUGAUGAGCAAGGAGAUGACCGAUUUCUACGUGCAGGAGUUCUCUCGUCACGGCCUCCACGGCCCCUGCAACUGGUACCGGACGCGCGAGCUCAACGGAGAUGACGAGGAGGUGAUGGCGAAGGACUCGUUCAAAUACCCUAUGCCUGCUAUGUUGCUCAUGGCAGACCAGGAUGCAGCGCUGCCCGCUUGGAUGGCGAGGGGUCAGGAACAGCACUUUGCGGCGAGCCUCAAGCUGGAGACGCUUGAGGGUUGUUCGCACUGGGCUAUGAUCCAGAAGCCCGCUGAGGUGAAUAAGCACAUUGGCGACUUUAUCAAGGGCAUUUUAGGCGACGAGAUUAAGCCUACUCUAUAG